AUGAAGAAAGAGGAUUACGUAAUCAUCUCACCAUCAGUAGGGACAAAGACCCAAAUAAACGACGGAGGAAGAGUUACCUUUGAAAUUAAUUCGUUGUCCAAUUGCUUGCUGCUUUCCGAUGCCCAUUUCCGAUGCGAUUUCAAAAUCAAACACGCCACUCAGAAUCGAAUUCCACAAACCAACACGACUUUAGAAAACAACUUCUUUCCGUCUUUAUUCAGCGAAAUGGUUUUGGAAGCUGGUUCAAAUCCGAAAGAGACCAUAAAACACCCAGGCGAGUUUGACACAACGUUGAAAACGGUUCUGUAUCCCAAAAACUACGAUUCAGUUUCUGGAUGGAUUCCCGAUGUCGGUGACGGAGAAGUUUUAAAAGAACCGGUCAGAACUGUAGCAAAUGACGCAGACCUUGCUUGGAUGAGGGUAGUUGCUAAAAACACACUGGAAAGAGUGUCUCGCGGAGUAAAUCACGGAUUUGAAAAAACGAGCGCUUCAAUACAACAAUAUUGUCGAGAACAACAGAUGGGGUAA